AUGGCGACGCCAGCGUUCACACCCAAAACCCACCGACACACCUACGAAGCAAUAAACCCCAAGCGCCCCUCUCUCUCCCAAAAAGGCCGCACGAUCCUCAUAACCGGCGGCGCAUCCGGAAUCGGCUACGCGAUCUCCCGCGCCUUCGCCGUCGCCGGCGCCGACCGCGUGAUUAUCCUAGGUCGCCGGGCAGACGCCGUCGCCGAAGCCGCUGUUUCGCUGCGCGCCGAGGUAGCAGCCGAGGGAAACCUUAAGGGCGAGAUCCAAGGUCGCGUUGGCGACAUCUCAUCGCUCGAGAGCAUCGAUGCGCUAUGGGACGGUCUUGCCGCUGAGAACAUCACCGUCGACGUCGUCGUCCUCAACGCAGCGAGUUUCUCGAAGGCCGCGCCGGUUCUGGAGAUAGGCGUGCAUACGCUUCUUGAGGAUUAUCGCGUGAAUGUCCUGGCGGGUUAUCGGUUUGCGCAGAGGUUGAAGGGGCAGGAAGGUGGAGCUGGUGGGAAGAAGUACCUCCUCAACGUCUCAAGCAUAGCAGCGCACGAUUCCAACACGGCCCCCACAAACCUGAACUACGGCGCGAGCAAGAACGCCGCUGCGUUACUAUUUCAGCUGAUGGCGCGCGAAGUGCCAGCCCAGCAGAUGCAGAUCAUCAGCUUCCAUCCUGGCGCUGUGUUGACUGAGAAGGCGAGGGCGCAUGGGUAUACGGAGGAUACGCUUCCGUGGGAUGACGUUGAUGUUCCCGCGCACUUUUCCGUCUGGGCGGCGUCUGAAGAGGCGAGCUUUCUGCAUGGGCGCUUUGUGCAUGCGACGUGGGAUGUUGGUGAGCUUAUGGAGGGUGAGAAGAGGGCGUUGAUUGAUGGGGAUCUGGAGCUGCUUAAGAUUGGGGUGAAGGGGCUGUAA